GUCCGAAAUAGCGAUUGACCAAUCAGAGGCGCUGUUACUACAUUUCUGAUCGGAAAUGGGCGAAUAAAGUCAACUUCGCAUAGUUUACUGUUUUAGAUGGACAGCUGACUUGGAACGUAAAGGCGUGCGGAAUGGGUGAGGUAGUUGCAGAUGCAACAGCCAUGAAUUCCAAGAAGACUGUUUUCGUGACCGGAGGAGCGGGUUUCAUCGGCAGCCACACAGUCAUCGAGUUGCUGCAGGCUGGAUAUGAAGUCAUAGUCAUCGACAACUUCGUCAAUGCCGUUCUAGGCCAGAAGGGUGAUGCACCGAGUCUUCGCCGAGCGGAGCAAAUCACUGGAAAGAAAAUUACGUUCUAUGAAUGUGAUCUCAUGGAUAAAGCAAAAUUGUCUGGAAUAUUUUCAAAGCACAAAAUCGAUUUUGUCAUUCAUUUUGCUGCUGUGAAGGCAGUGGGAGAAUCCAUGCAAAAGCCACUGUUUUACUACAAAAACAACGUCGUUAGCACAAUUUAUUUGCUAGAGGUUAUGAAAGAGCAUGGAGUUUACAACAUGGUUUUCAGUAGCUCGUGUGUUGUAUACGGAAACCCUCAAUACCUUCCUAUCGAUGAAGCUCAUCCUAUAGGGGAUGUGACCAAUGUUUAUGGACGAACUAAAUACGCUGUCGAACAAAUGUUGGCUGAUAUCUGCAGGGCAGAAAAGCAAUGGAACAUCAUCUCUCUUCGGUAUUUUAACCCAGUCGGCGCUCAUCCGUCUGGUUUAGUAGGUGAAGAUCCGACCAGACCCUUCACAAAUCUCAUGCCUUACAUUGGACAAGUGGCUGUGGGGAAAAAAGAUGAGCUGGUGAUCUAUGGAAGUGAUUAUGACACGGAUGAUGGCACUGGAGUACGAGAUUUCAUUCAUGUGAUGGACUUGGCAACAGGACACGUUGCUGCCCUAAAGAAACUUGAUAAGAAUUCUCGAUACAAGGUAUAUAAUUUGGGUACUGGCCAAGGCAUUACAGUAGCUCAGUUAGUUGAAGCCUUUGAAAAAAUUAGUGGCAAAAAGAUCCCUUGCAGAUUAGCAGACAGAAGGCGAGGAGAUAUACCAGCUAUUUGGGGAGAUUGCACCUUGGCUGAAAAAGAACUUGGUUGGAAGGCACAAUAUGGAUUAAAAGAAAUGUGUGAAGAUUACUGGAGAUGGCAAACACUUAAUCCUGAAGGUUACAGAACAGAAGUUUCCAAUGGAAAUUCCAACUAAACAUUAUUCCAUUCGAUAUUAAACAUCUGUAUUAAGUUCAUUGAAAAGUAAUUUAUAUCCCACCAAAGACAAUAGUCUAGAUGUGCUAAAUUCUGGAAGAGGUAUAAGAAAGUUCAUGUAUAUAAAAUUUUUUCAAAAAGCUGAAACAGAAAAGGCACCCUGAAUAGGAAAAUAAAACUUAUUUAUGAAAUGUCA